AUGACUCCCCAGAAGAAGCAGUUGAAUAGGCCAAAGAAGCGCACUUUGGUCCGUUGGGACGAUAACCUGAAUGAACUCCUCCUGUUAACCGUGCAGUCCGUCUACAAUUUGCAGUCUGUGAAGAUACCAUGGGCUGAGGUUGCUAGGACUAUGGGCCACAAUGUGACCGAAGGGGCCAUCAUUGCCUCUCGAUCGAAGCGUAAGGCCACCAAUCACUCCAAUGACUCGGAGGGGGAAGACGAUGACGAGGUGCCGCUCACCUUCGAAUACCACGAUCCCUCCUCCGAUGCAGAUUGUGUGGAAAAAGCGUUCCCGGAACAAGCCUAA